AUGCCGGAUCUCGUGGGUUCGAUUGACGCUGGCACCACCAGCGUCCGAUUCAUGGUAUUUGACGAAUUCGCCAAAGUGCAUGCUUCGCACCAGAUGGAGUUCAACCAGUACUACCCGCAUCCAGGAUGGCACGAGCAGGACGCACACGAAAUCAUCGACUGCGUGUACGAAUGCAUCGACAAGGCGCUCGCCAAGCUCGAAGAGGGCGGCAAGUUUAAAACAUCCGAUGUCAAGGUCAUCGGUGUCACCAAUCAGCGAGAGACGACCGUGGUUUGGGACAAGAACACCGGCAAGGCGUUGACACGCGCCAUCGCCUGGCCCGACGCACGAACCACUUCCACCAUCCGAAAACUCGAAUCCCAGCAUCCAAAGGGGAUUGAUGCUGUCAAGGAAGAGACCGGAUUGCCGCUCUCGACCUAUUUCGCUUCAGUCAAACUUCGUUGGAUGCUCGACAACCUACCCGAGGUGCGCAAGGCGCACGACGACAAGCAGAUGCUCUUCGGCACCGUAGACAGUUGGAUCGUGUACAAUCUCACCGACAAACAGGUGCACAUUACCGAUGCUUCCAAUGCUUCGCGAACCAUGUUCAUGGACCUGCGCGCACAGACGUGGGACCAGAAGCUGUGCGAUUUCUUUGGUAUCGACAUGGACAUCCUGCCCGAGAUCAAGAGUUCAUCCGAGGUGUACGGCAAGGUUUCGCAUGGUGCGCUCAACGGCGUCGAGAUCGCCGGUAUCGUAGGAGACCAGAUGGCUGCGUUGGUGGGCAACAAGUGUUUUCAGCCUGGUGAGGCCAAGAACACGUACGGAACGGGUGCGUUUCUGCUCUACAAUACGGGUGAAAAAGUGGUCUCGUCCAAGAACGGUUUGCUCUCCACCAUCGCAUACAAGGCAGGUCCGCAUGCACCGGUGCACUAUGCCUUGGAAGGCUCCAUCGCUGUAGCUGGUUCGGCAGUCAAGUGGGUUCGCGACAGCCUUGGGCUGAUCAAGGAGGCCAGCGAGAUCGGCGAGCUGGCAGGCCAAGUCCAAGACACGGGAGGUGUCUAUUUUGUCACGGCAUUCAACGGACUCUUCUGCCCGUACUGGGACGACACCGCGGCCGGCACCGUGGUGGGCAUCACUGCCUACACGGACAAACGACACUUCUGCCGUGCCACGCUGGAAUCGACGUGCUACCAGACAAAAGCCAUCCUGGACGCAAUGUCCAAAGACUCGGGAGUCGCACUCAAGGCUCUCCAAGUCGAUGGUGGACUGACUAACUCGGACGUAGCCAUGCAGAUCCAAGCUGACAUCCUGGGCAUCAACGUGGAGCGUCCCGAGAUGCGCGAAAGUACAGCGCUCGGUUCGGCGCUGCUUGCCGGAUCGGCGGUGGGAUUAUUCGGAUGGGACAUCAACAAGCCAGAGACACUCAGCAAGGUCAACACGGCGGGUAAGCAGGUGUUCGAACCCAAAAUCGAUCAAGAGAAGCGCGCCAAGCUGCUACACGGCUGGGAGAGGGCCGUGGAACGCGCCAAGGGCUGGAACGAGAACGCUUGA